UGGAUGAUUCACUUGUGAAGGGCAGUUGAAGGAAAUAAAAGCAAAUGGCCCCACGUGGCUUGUGUGGGCAAACAUGUUUUCAUUCUGUGCAGCGUGUUCCCUGCUGCUCACUACUGCUAGAAUCGAAGAUAAAUCCGAACACUGCAUAUCAAAAACAGCAGGACACCUUGAUUGUUUGGUCAGAAGCAGAGAACUAUGACUUAGCACUGAGUUUUCAAGAAAAAGCUGGCUGUGAUGAAAUCUGGGAAAAAAUCUGCCAGGUUCAGGGUAAGGAUCCUUCAGUGGAAGUCACACAGGACCUUAUCGAGUCUGAAGAGGAGCACAUAGAAGAGAUGCCCGAAACCAGUCCUUUGAUCGACCUUCCUUCUUGUGAACUCAACAAACUUGAAGAGAUUGCUGACCUAGUUACCUCUGUUCUCUCCUCACCCAUCCGUAGAGAAAAGCUAGCACUGGCCUUGGAGAAUGAAGGCUAUAUUAAAAAACUAUUGCAGCUUUUCCAAGUCUGCGAGAAUUUAGAGAACACAGAAGGCUUGCAUCAUUUGUAUGAAAUUAUUAGAGGAAUUUUGUUCCUCAAUAAAGCAACUCUGUUUGAGGUGAUGUUUUCUGAUGAGUGUAUUAUGGAUGUUGUUGGAUGCCUUGAGUAUGACCCUUCUUUGGCUCAGCCAAAACGGCACAGGGAGUUCUUGACCAAAACAGCAAAAUUUAAGGAGGUUAUUCCUAUAACAGACUCUGAACUCAGGCAAAAAAUCCAUCAGACUUACAGGGUACAGUACAUUCAGGACAUCAUCUUGCCGACACCAUCGGUUUUUGAAGAGAACUUUCUUUCUACCCUUACUUCCUUUAUUUUCUUCAACAAAGUUGAGAUUGUCAGUAUGUUGCAGGAAGAUGAAAAAUUUUUGUCCGAAGUUUUUGCACAACUAACAGAUGAAGCUACAGAUGAUGACAAACGAUGUGAAUUGGUUAACUUUUUCAAGGAGUUCUGUGCAUUUUCUCAGACAUUACAACCUCAGAACAGAGAUGCAUUUUUCAAAACUUUGGCAAAGUUGGGAAUCCUUCCAGCUCUUGAAAUUGUGAUGGGAAUGGACGAUUUGCAAGUUAGAUCUGCUGCUACAGAUAUAUUUUCUUAUCUGGUAGAAUUUAGUCCAUCCAUGGUCCGAGAAUUUGUAAUGCAAGAGGCCCAACAGAGUGAUGAUGACAUCCUCCUCAUCAAUGUGGUCAUUGAGCAGAUGAUCUGUGACACUGAUCCUGAGCUCGGCGGGGCUGUUCAGCUGAUGGGGCUCCUGCGCACUUUGAUAGAUCCAGAGAACAUGUUGGCCACAGCUAAUAAAACAGAAAAAAGUGAAUUCCUCAACUUCUUCUACAACCAUUGUAUGCACGUUCUUACUGCUCCACUUCUGGCUAAUACAUCAGAAGAUAAAUGUGAAAAAGAUGCAGUAGUUGGGUCCACUAAGAGUAAUACAAUUUGUCCUGAUAAUUACCAGACAGCACAACUGCUCGCCUUAAUCCUGGAGCUGCUUACCUUCUGUGUGGAGCACCACACGUAUCACAUCAAGAACUACAUUAUGAACAAAGAUUUGCUAAGAAGAGUGCUGGUUUUGAUGAAUUCAAAGCACACUUUUCUGGCCUUGUGUGCUCUUCGCUUCAUGAGGAGGAUAAUUGGCCUAAAAGAUGAAUUUUACAACCGUUAUAUCACCAAGGGAAAUCUCUUUGAGCCGGUUAUAAAUGCUCUGCUGGAUAAUGGAACCAGAUACAACCUGCUCAACUCUGCUGUGAUCGAACUGUUUGAAUUCAUCAGAGUGGAAGAUAUUAAGUCGCUUAUUGCACAUAUAGUUGAAAACUUUUAUAAUGCACUUGAAUCUAUCGAAUAUGUUCAGACAUUCAAGGGGUUGAAGACAAAAUAUGAGCAAGAGAAAGACCGGCAAAACCAGAAACUGAACAGUGUUCCAUCUAUAUUGCGUAGCAAUAGAUUUCGCAGAGAUGCAAGAGCCCUAGAGGAGGAUGAAGAAAUGUGGUUCAAUGAAGAUGAAGAGGAGGAAGGUGAAGCUGUUGUACCUCCAGUUGAGAAGUCUAAACCAGAGGAUGAUUUUCCAGACAGCUACGAAAAGUUUAUGGAAACUAAAAAAGCUAAAGAGAGUGAAGAUAAAGAGAAUCUUCCCAAAAGGACUUCAGCUGGGGGAUUCAAGUUCACUUUUUCCCACUCAGCCAGCGCAGCCAAUGGUGCAAACGGUGCAAACAGCAAAUCUGUGGCAGCUCAGACAUCACCAGCAAGCUCCAACGGCUCCUCUUCCAAGAACGCCACCCUGACCACAGCAGUGACAGCCACGAAGGGAAGUCUAGUUGGCCUGGUGGAUUAUCCUGACGAUGAAGAUGACGACGAAGAGGAAGAGACGUCUCCAAGGAAAAGAUCUCGUCUGGGUUCAUAAAGGAAACCAAACCUUUGGAAUAAAAACUUUUUAUUACGGGGUUUCAAAUGCUGCAACUGUUUUAAGAGCUAAAAAGAAUCUGAUUGAGAAAGCUUUCUCCCACGAGUACAUGAGAUAACGCAAGGAGUAGCAAAAGAAACUCGGUCUGUGAGCUAGAAAGGGUUAGUUCUGUAAACACAAGGCUUCCAAGGAACUGAAUGUCUUUCUAGUAAGUAAGGAGUCUGCCAUUCAGGCUGUCAAGAAAAAAAAAAAAAAAAAAAGAAAAAAAAGUGGGUUAGUAUUCACACACAGAACCUGGAUGAUGGCUUCUCAGCAAGGAAAGUCUCAGGUGUUGGGAGGGCGUGGGGGGGAAGGGAACGAUUUCUAAAAAAAAAAAAAAACUAUUGCAGGGUUUCCCCAUUGUUUAACAGAACUUGGAGAAAAAAUCAAGCUUAAAUUUUGAACCCGGUAAUCUUAAUUUUGUAAUGGUGCUGUCACAUUGUGUUCUUUUAGCGAUGCCUCUUUAAGAAAAAAACUGAAAAAAUUAAAAAAAAAAAA